AUGCAGCAAACUCUUAAUGCAGCGCUGUCUGUCCUCUCACUCGCCGAUGUUCCUACCGGUACAGUUCUCAUAAUUUUCGCCCAAAUGUUCGGUGGUAGUCUCCUCGUCAGCGUUGCUCAGCAUGUCUUCACCAAUAAACGUGUUGCGGGGCUCGGGACUAUAUCCAACCUGAGCAUCGGCCCAAAGGCAGUCAAUACUGCAGGCGCGACGGACAUUGCGACCUUGAUUACCGACCCAGUGGUUCUGAGUGAGGUCAAGGUCGUGUACAAUACUGCCAUCAUGUGGACGUUCAGGGCUGCGCUGAUCACGACGUCUCUCAGUGUUUUCGGGACACUAUCCAAAGAGUGGUAA